AUGUGUGACUCUAGCAACAUAAUCAUGUCUUAUCUCCGCAUCUCUGCUCCUUGGUCUGGUGGCCUUUAUGGAAAAUCUGCCCUUAAUUCCUUGUCGCGUGCCAUCGACCAAAAUCUCCUCCAUACCCGCUCCAGCCAACUCCUAACCGCGACCGACCAACUCCGUUUCCAGCCAAGCCCGAUCGAAAAUCUUCGCGCGCCAGAACCACCCUUGGGGAAGUGUCUCUCUCCACCAACCAUCGUGGCCCCCAUCCCUGAAUCCCUUCUCUCCAACGGCCACCCGGGCGGGCAAUGGGGAAUGCCUCCUCUGUCGGCCUACACUCCUUUUGAAUCUUUGCUCUUCUUCCAGUCUCUGGCGACCUCCGAUGUGCGCCCGGCCAGUUUUGCGUCCAUCUCGAGCAUCCUCAGCAACAAUCAACUAGUUCGCGACAAUGCCGAUUUCAGCGCCGAUCGACUGAGCCCCGAGGCUUUGGAGGACUUGUAUGCAACAUUAUUGCGGGACGGGUAUGAUCGGGAUGCGAAUCAAGGUCCCAAUGGUCUCCCCCACGACAGUCCCAGUAAUUCAAAGAAGCGCAAGAUCUCUAGUCCACGUCCAGAUGGAGGAUCAACUGGAGUCAGCCAUGCCGUCCGGGUACCGGAACUGGUGUCACACCUGUAUGCGCGAUACAGAGCUCUGGUGACGAAAGAGAUUAAGGAGGAUGAACGAAGGUACGAUUUGAUGAACGAGCAGUUGCAGCAGCUUCAACAGAAACCAGAGGCUCCGGUCACAGCAGAAGCGCCUUCUCCUGCUCUACCAGUGAAGAAACCCGAGCAAACUGAGCCGACAGAAGUGGGUGUCAAGGUCGAAACCCCGCGACGCAGCCAUCCCGGUCCAAUAUCAAUUCCACCAGCUGCGAUGCUACCAGUGAAACCAACGGAGAUAUCGACGACCAAACCACCCGUAUCUACACAGACUACGAAAGAAGCACAACCGACACCUAUUCAACCCGCCGGGCAACCGCCAGUGCCAGUGUCGCAACCACAACCGCCAUCACUGGUUGGCCAGACUGCUCCUGCGUUACAGGCACCGGCUCCACCUCCACUCGCUCCUCGAGUGCCAGUAGCUCCGGCGACCCCUUCUACUGCGUCUCGACCUACACAUCCAUCCCAGGUUGCACCACGCCCCAUCCCCGCAAUUUCUCCAGCUGUGGGGAAGCCAGGUGCUCCGGCGGUCACCCCGGCUCCUAAGCCAACCUUCCAGCAGUGGCAGCUUGAUGCGCCACCUCAUUCUCCAUAUUCCGCUGUUUCCCCCAGUACUACUACCCCUCAGGUCAGCGCCACAGCUGCCAAACACCCCCUACCACCUCCCGCUCAAAUCCCCCAAUCUCAACAUAAACCCUCUAUCCCCUCUACACUCCCCAGUACCCCCGCCCCAGCCCCAUCUACAGUGCAAACGCCUGUCCCUAUUGGUCGUCCGCGUCUGUCACAAACACCUAGUGUUGUCAUCUCCUCAUUCUCUGAAUCACGAAGUUCACGGCCCCGCCUUUCCAUUGAUACACCGGGUUCUUCAACGCCAUGGAAGCGAACUCCCCGGCUCAGUAUUCCAGAGUCUCCAGCAUCGCCACCUCGGCCUUUGCCCGAGGAUGUUAGUCCAAUCAGUGAGAGAGCCCCUUCUCCUGAUGCUAUGAAUAUCUCACCUCCCCGGGAGAAAAAGACUACCCGACGAGGACAGACUGCACCAGAUACCAAGCCUCCAGCAAAUAUCAAAAUCGAAAAAUCUACCACAAGUCGCCGGAAGCGUGCAGAAAGCUCCGCCUCGACACGAAGUCAAGCCAGAUCAGCAGCAUCAGCUUCUCGCGACACAUCUCCAGCCCAUGCUGAUGAUAGCCGCACGUCAAGGCGUCCGAAGGGUGCGGCGUCUAGUCCUGAUGACCAAACUCCUAAGAACCGCUCAAAGCGUAAGCGAGGGCCUAGUGAAUCAGCAGAACAGGAGUCCGUUGCCCCAGAGGCCCCGAAAUUCGAUAAUUCUCGCUACGUCAUGUGUGCCCGUGGUUUCCAUCGGACAGCGGCGCCCAUCUUGAACGAUGUGACUACACAUAAGCUAGCUUCUAUUUUCGCCAAGCCUCUGGGUGAGCGUGAUGCUCCAGGCUACCAUGACUUGAUCUAUCGCCCCCAGGACCUGAAGUCGAUUAAGUCUGCCGUCCAUCAAGGUAGCAAGGCUGUGGCCAGUGCGACAGAAGCGGUCAGCACUCCUGCAGCCGAUGGUGAAUCUCCAGCACCUGGUGUUGGAGCUUCAUCUAAGAACAAUGCUCUCAUGCUGCCCAAAACGGAAGACCUUGGUAUUGUGAACUCGUCUCAACUAGAGAAAGAGUUCAUUCGCAUGUUUGCCAAUGCGAUAAUGUUCAACCCUGUUCCUGAGCGUGACUUUGGUCCUCAUUUCCCGAUGAUCAAUGAUCGUGGUUCUCGCGAGAGCACCCAGUCUGCUGACGGUGAUGAGGGUGGUAUCAUUCAGGACUCGCGGGAGAUGUUCGAAGAUGUCGAACAGGCAGUUAACCGAUGGCGUGCUGCUGAGCGAGCUUCUGAACGAGCCUCUGAUGAGUUGGCGAAUAAGAAUAUCCUCUCCCUUCGUCGGGGUAGUGCCAGUGAUUUCAAUGCUGAUAGCACCGACGACGCUAAGGGAUGA